AUGAGCACUUUACACAGAUUGGCUCAUGGAGUCACCGCCCAAGUCCUGAGCCUCACUGCCAUCCCCGAGGGAGGGGAGACCAUCACCUCGGUGUUAGAGACGGGGAGCCGUGUGUUCAGUUACACACCCCGGGCUCUCUACGUCUCCUGCAAGACCUCCCAGUGGGGUGUACUGACUGGUGAGGAUGUAGACCUGCUCUCUGUGGCUGAGAUGGUGGCCCUGGUGGAACAGCGGGCCGCCCUGGCCCUGCAGAACUACCCACGCCCCGGCACCCCGGCGCCUGUGGUCUUCGUGUCAGCUGAGCAGGGUGGGCCUGCCAAAGGGCUGGGGUCCGAGCGGAGGUCUGGUGGCGGGGACUGCAGCCGCGUAGCUGAGGCAGUGGCCCACUUUGAGGCCCAGCGGGACAGCCCUCCAGCCAAAGGCCUCCGCAAAGAGGAGCGGCCUGGGCCCGGCCCAGGGGAGGUGCGCAUCGCCUUUCGUAUCUCCAACGGCCGAGAGCCCCGGGCGCCCGACGGCAGCUUGCCCAACGGGAGCAGCGGCCGGCCCGGUUGUGCCUACCCUGGCAGCCCAGGCCCCGGGGCCCGAGCCAAGGACAAGAUCACCUGUGACCUGUACCAGCUCAUCAGCCCCUCUCGGGAUGCCCUGCCCAGCAAUGUGGAGUUCCUUCUGGCUCGGGCGGAUGAAGCCAGCGAGGGGGAGAGCCCGGUCCCUGCCAGGCCUGAGGACACUCCCCCGGCGCCCCCUCCACCCCCUGCCCGGGACUGCGGCGCGUCAGGCUUCCACGUGGACGUGGUAGUGACGGGUGUGGUGGACGAGUGCAUCUUCUUUGGCAAGGAUGGCACCAAGAAUGUGAAAGAGGAGACGGUGUGCCUGACGGUCAGCCCCGAGGAGCCGCCCCCACCGGGCCAGCUCUUCUUCCUCCAGUCCCGGGGUCCGGACGGGCCCCCCGAGCCGCCCCCAGCCGACUCCCCCACCACCGCGCCAGGCCCGGACGACGCUGAGGGGACAGCGGACACCUCCCUGUGCCGCCUGUAUCGGCACGUGUCGCACGACUUCCUGGAGAUCCGCUUCAAGAUCCAGCGGCUGCUGGAGCCGCGGCAGUACAUGCUGCUGCUGCCCGAGCACGUACUGGUGAAGAUCUUCAGCUUCCUGCCCACGCGGGCCCUGGCGGCCCUCAAGUGCACCUGCCACCACUUCAAGGGCAUCAUUGAGGCGUUCGGUGUGCGGGCCACAGACUCGCGCUGGAGCCGCGACCCCCUGUAUCGCGAUGACCCUUGCAAGCAGUGCCGCAAGAGAUAUGAGAAGGGUGACGUGUCGCUCUGCCGCUGGCACCCGAAGCCCUACCACCACGACCUGCCUUACGGACGUUCCUACUGGAUGUGCUGCCGCCGAGCGGACCGCGAGACACCUGGCUGCCGCCUGGGUCUGCACGAUAACAACUGGGUGCUGCCCUGCAACGGGCCGGGCGGGGGCCGGGCCGGCCGGGAGGAAGGGAGGUGA